AUGGCCUCGCUCCACCCCACGACGGCCAUGCUGGCCCAUCGCCAUUCCCCUGCGCCCUCUGUCAGCGCAUCGUCGCUCUCAUGGUCCGCCUCCAUCGCCGUCUCCCGCAUCCCGCCGGCCCCUGGUCUCGCGCUCCACCCACCGGUUCCGCCUCCCGCCUCCGGCAACCGCCAGAGCCCGGUGGUGUGCGCGGCGUGGACGCGGCGGUCGCGCGGGGAGGCGGAGCAGCGGCCCAACCGCAAGUCGUGGAAGCAGCGCACGGACAUGUACAUGCGCCCCUUCCUGCUCAAUGUUUUUUUCUCCAAGCGCUUCGUGCACGCAAAGGUCAUGCACAGGGGCACCAGCAAGGUCAUCGCCGUCGCCACCACCAACGCCAAGGACCUCCGGCUCACCCUCCCGUCCCUUGUCGACGACAACGCCUGCAGGACCAUCGGGAGGCUCAUCGCCGAGAGGUCCAUGGACGCCGACGUCUUUGCUCUGGCCUAUGAACCCAAGAAGAACGAGAGGAUCGAGGGCAAGCUCGGGAUCGUGAUUGACACCAUUAAGGAGCACGGCAUCAUCUUCGUCUAG